AUUUUUUGGCAAGGAUCAAUGGCGGCCAGGUCUCUCUCUAUACACUCCAUUCGGCCUUGUCCCUUUCUGUGGCCCUACAAAAAAUCAAUACGAGUAAAAAACAUCUAAUGCUUAUCCAUAUGCCUCUCUAUAUGAGUCAUAUCGUACAAAUUCUCCUUUAUACGAUCGAUGACAGAUUAUCCUAAAUCCUACUGCGUUUCAUGAGCGAAUAAAAAAUGCUGAGAUCAGUUGUUUUGAACCCUCAUCCGCCAUUGCCGUCUUAUUUAACAGCUUUUUCUGAAGAUGUGAAUAAAAGCAACGGCUCGAGAACAGCCAGAAAUCCGUCGACAAUCCGAUGUGUUUCUCGAAGCAGCGGUCCGAUACCGAAGCUCGAGCCUUUUAGCAGGAGCAAGUUCGACAGAAUCGUUAAAGACCCCUCUCUCAUUCAGAAGUGCGAAAGCGAAAUCGCCGAUCAUUGUUCUGUUCUUGAGGGGGAUGCUUCCUAUAGCUGCUGGAGGGCCUAUUUUGAACUUAAGGAUCUUGAAAAAGAAGAAGCUAAGGAGGAUGUGGAGAGGCUAAUCCUGCGAGCGGGUGGAGUGAAAUCCCUGAUUGGAUGCUUGCAUGGAAUCGCAGCCAUGCAGAAACCCGUGAAAGGAAGGCCUGAAGCCGAAAAGCCUACAAACAGUGUAAAGAAAGGAGAGGAGAGGUUAUGCCCUGUGCCUGAUGGGUUGCCCAAGUCAAGAGAAGAAAUUGAAGAAGAAGAGAGAGCUUUGAUGCCAGAUUCAGCCUUCACCAGAUUACUGAGGAGUAAAGGGAGAGCCCCUGCAUGGUACUCUCGCGCUCCAGAUCACCAAACUGAUUGAUAAUUUGAUAUACCUAUCUUUAUAAGGGUAGUGGACUAGUGGUAGUCAUUGACUCGUAGUGUUAGUAGUACUGAGCAGUGAGAAACUAUUAACCAAGUAUGGUUUGAAUUAGUAAAUAAAUAAAAAUGGUUUGAUGAGUACUUUUA